AUGAACCAGCAAAGAGGCUGCAGCGGCUUCAAGAAGUUCUUCGGGUCAUGGAUGGACCAACUUCACCAGCUAGUCCAUCAACUCCAGUCCUCCACGGCCCUUAACGAUCCGAACACCCAACAACGCCUCGUUCACUCCGUCAUGUCCCACUUCGCCGAGUAUUAUCGGGUCAAGGCGGCUUCUGCUGAUGUCGACGUUCUCAAUCUCUUUGCCGCACCAUGGGCCUCCACACUCGAACGCUCCCUCCAUUGGAUUGCCGGCUGGAGACCCACAACUGCUUUCCACCUCAUCUACACUGAGUCCAGCAUUCUCUUUGAGGCUCAUAUCAUGGAUAUCCUUCGCGGCGUCAAAACCGGCGAUCUCGGCGACCUUUCCCCGGCCCAGUUCAGGAGAGUGAGCGAGCUGCAAUGCGAGACGGUGAAGGAAGAGAAUCGAAUAAGCAAUGAGUUGGCGGAGUGGCAAGACAGUGCGAGUGACGUGAUGAAGUCGGAGACGGAUCUGGAAGAGAGAAUCCGGCAGCUCGUGAAGGUGGUAAAGAAGGCGGAUGAUCUACGAAUCAAAAUAUUGGUGCAAUUGGUGGAUCUGUUGAACCCACAGCAGGCAGUGGAGUUUAUGGUGGCGGCCGCCGAGUUGCAGUUCGGAGUCCGUGCAUGGGGAGAGUAUCAGGACCGUCAACGUGGCAGUCUAUGA